UGUAAAUUUUAUAAAUGGCGCCUGGCGGUGCUUAUUAGGGCUAUAAUUCUAACGUUGUUAAAUAAAAUUUUGUUCACAGAAUGAUUGAAAUAAUAAUUUAAGCUUAAGAUUUUGUGAUUUUCACAACACGUAAUUAUUUGACGUGUUAUCAUUAUUUGUGUUAUAAGGUAUCCAACAAAUUAGUGUUAUAAAAUGUCGGGCGAUCACAAAACAUUGAUAAAGGGUAGCCCAUCGCAAUAUGUAAAAUUAAACGUAGGUGGAACUUUAUUUUAUACUACAAUUGGUACUUUAACCAAAAGUGAUAAUAUGCUGAGAACAAUGUUUAGCGGUAGAAUGGAGGUUCUUACAGAUUCAGAAGGAUGGAUAUUAAUCGAUCGUUGUGGCAAGCAUUUUGGUACUAUUCUGAAUUAUCUUCGUGAUGGAACUGUGGCACUGCCUGAUACCUUUCGGGAAAUAAUGGAAUUAUUAGCUGAAGCUAAAUACUUCUUAAUCGAAGAGCUCACCGAUUCAUGCCAACAAGCUCUAAGUAAGAAAGAGAGAGAAGCAGAGCCAAUAUGCAGAGUUCCUUUAAUAACAUCACAUAAAGAAGAACAACUUCUUAUUAUGUCAACUUCUAAGCCUGUUGUAAAGCUGCUGAUCAACAGACACAACAACAAGUACUCAUAUACAAGCACAUCAGAUGAUAAUUUGCUAAAAAAUAUUGAAUUAUUUGACAAGCUAUCUCUACGCUUCAGUGGGCGUGUCCUUUUUAUAAAGGAUGUUAUUGGCUCCAAUGAAAUCUGCUGCUGGUCCUUCUUUGGUCAUGGCAAAAAGUGUGCUGAAGUUUGCUGUACAUCAAUUGUUUACGCAACUGAUAAGAAACAUACUAAAGUGGAAUUUCCUGAAGCCAGAAUAUAUGAAGAAACAUUAGGCAUUUUACUGUAUGAAAGCAGAAAUGGACCUGACCAAGACUUGAUUCAAGCCACAUCAUCACGUGGUGCUGUUGGUGGCCUGUCUUGCACAAGCGAUGAAGAAGAAGAGCGCUCUGGCUUAGCUCGUUUGAGGUCAAAUAAGCAGAACAAUCAAUCUUAGCGGUUACAGUCCGGUUUGGCUCGCCUCCGGAGCUCCAAACGUACAAACGUUUGAUACCAAGCCGGUUUUUACUUUCCACUAUGCUGGCUACCAUGCUUAGGAUUUUAAAUUUGACUGAACUAUUGUCUACACUGUGAGUCAACUUUCUGUGACUUCCUUAUCUAAUGGUGUUUUGAACAUUAAGUGAAUGAAGCAUUUACUCUGAGAAGUUGGAAACAUGGACAAUACACAUUUGUGUACAAAUAAAAACAGAAUGAGUGAAAAAGAACAAACAUGUUUUAAACAAAGUUUUAGUUCAUGAUAUGUGAAUUAAAUAAAAUAGCCUGCAAGACAGUGUAAUCGUGUCUCUUUUUAAGGAAAAGAUUUAAAAAACAAGUCAUGAACUAAAAUACUAUCAUUUAUUAGUAUCAGUAAUAUAGAUAUUUCUGGUAGCAUUAUUAGACCUACAUGUGUAAAUGUAUGCUUCUUACAAUAUUUACCUAAUGAGAAGAGUACAUAAAUUAUUUCUGUUCAAAUUGCAGUAUUGUAUUUGUUUAUGGAUGUUUAAUGAUAGUUGAUGUUUUACCAAUUCAAACAUAUGUCCUAUUUCCUUCAUACUUGAAAAGCAUAUUUAUUUCAUAAAUGAGUAUUAUAUAACAGAACUUUGCUGAGUAGUAUUUCAACAUGAGAACUGUGUACAACCUUUAUAGUACAUUAUUCAUAGAAUAAGAUUAAAAAAUUAUCACAUUGACAGCUCAAUAAAAUGCCAAAUUGAUGUUGUCUUUAAAAAUUAGAUCCAAGUCUAUAUUUAGGCUAUGUAUUUAAAUUAUUCUAGCAGUACUCUAUUAGAAUGAUCUUAAUGUAAUUGUAUGUGCACUUAAGUAUGGAGAUAAAUUCCAAAACAUAAAAUUAAAAACAGAUAAAUGGAGAUUACAAAUUUUUAAAGAUGUAUUUAUACUAUGAACUGAACUUGAGUUAUUUUAAAUACUACUUUUUUAGUGAUGUAUAGUAUGUUAGUUGAAUUUGCAUUAGUCAUGAUAAAUGUUCCCAAGAUGUAGAUCGUAGGUGCGGCGGCAAGUAGUGACCUCUUGCAUUAAAUAUAAGGUGCAUGUUCAAUGUAUUUAUGUGUAUCUUUAGCAUUAAGUUGUGAUAUAGCGGGGAAGUUAACUUGAGACCUUUAAGACCUUUAUAGAAAAAGACAUCUCGACACAGAUGUUGUGUUAAAUUUUAUUGUAAUACAUAUUAUAUCUCCGAGUGAAAACAUUUAAUAAAUAUUUUUGAAAUAAUAUACUGCUAAUUUGAGGUCUCAAGUAAGCUUUGAGUUGAUGAUUAUGCAUGUUUAAAAUGAGAUGUUAUUGAUGCCACUAGUUAAAAAGCUGAGUCUAGUCUGAUAUUUAUUGUUCCAAUUCUAUUGUAAUGAGAAUAUUUAUAUCAGUGGGAAUGAUUUGAGGCUAUUACUUAUUUGUUAUUAUCCUGUAAGACAUAUUUUUAAGCCUUUCCAAUUUAAAGUUACAAAGUGUUGAUAGAUUGACUUUAUAUCUCUCUUAAAUUUUGUAUUUAAAAUAUUUACCUUUAAAAGUGUCUAAGUCAUUUCAUAUAUUUGACCAUAGAAAAUUUACUUCAUUAGAUUGAGGUUUAAAUUUAUUAAAACUAAGUGUCUACAAAGUAAUAAUAAUACAUCAGUUAUGUAUAACAUCUUAAUAAAUGUUUAUCUCUUUUUAAAUAUAUGCUCACUGUUUAGA